AUGCCGGACCACUUAGGAAAUGAAAUGCGAAAAGUUAAAGAUGCAAAAGAAGAAAAGGAAAUAAAAUCUUUGGAUGAAGGCGAUAUUGCACUUUUAAAGACAUAUGGCCAAGGUCAAUACACAAAAAGCAUUAAAGUAGUAGAAGAUGAUAUACAAACGAUAAUUAAAAGGGUCAAUGAGCUAACUGGAAUAAAAGAGUCUGAUACUGGUCUAGCUCCUCCGGCUCUAUGGGACUUGGCUGCAGACAAACAAACUUUGCAAAAUGAGCAGCCCUUACAGGUUGCAAGAUGUACUAAGAUAAUUAAUGCUGAUACUGAUGAUCCUAAAUAUAUUAUAAAUGUGAAGCAAUUUGCAAAGUUUGUAGUGGAUUUAGCUGACUCAGUUGCACCCACUGAUAUUGAGGAGGGUAUGAGAGUUGGAGUUGACCGUAAUAAGUACCAGAUCCAUAUUCCCUUGCCACCAAAAAUUGAUCCCACUGUUACAAUGAUGCAGGUGGAAGAAAAGCCUGAUGUUACGUACAGUGAUGUUGGGGGUUGUAAGGAACAAAUUGAUAAAUUGCGUGAAGUAGUUGAAACGCCCCUUUUACAUCCAGAAAAAUUCGUAAGAUUAGGCAUUGAACCUCCUAAGGGUGUGUUACUUUUUGGUCCCCCUGGUACUGGAAAAACGCUUUGUGCCAGGGCUGUGGCUAAUCGAACUGAUGCUUGUUUUAUACGUGUCAUUGGAUCAGAAUUGGUCCAGAAGUAUGUGGGUGAAGGGGCACGAAUGGUUCGUGAAUUGUUCGAAAUGGCAAGGUCUAAAAAAGCCUGUCUCAUAUUUUUCGACGAAAUUGAUGCUAUUGGAGGUGCUAGGUUCGAUGAUGGAGCAGGCGGUGACAACGAGGUUCAAAGAACUAUGUUAGAAUUAAUUAACCAAUUAGACGGUUUCGAUCCAAGAGGAAAUAUUAAAGUCCUUAUGGCAACAAAUAGACCAGACACUCUAGACCCUGCCCUAAUGAGACCUGGACGUUUAGAUAGGAAAGUCGAAUUCGGUUUACCCGAUCUGGAAGGGAGAACUCACAUAUUUAAAAUUCAUGCUCGUUCCAUGUCUGUCGAACGUGACAUACGUUUCGAAUUGUUGGCCAGACUGUGCCCCAAUUCGACAGGGGCUGAAAUUAGAAGUGUCUGUACUGAAGCAGGAAUGUUUGCAAUUAGAGCCCGUAGGAAGGUAGCAACCGAAAAAGAUUUCCUGGAAGCAGUAAAUAAAGUCAUUAAGUCCUAUGCUAAGUUCUCAGCCACUCCAAGAUACAUGACCUACAAUUAAUUUAUUUUUGUUUACAUCUGUGUAAUAACAAUAAUAUAAAUUGGUAGUAUUAAUACAAAAUUUGCGUUCGAAAUAAAUGUCUGUUUUUUUGGA